UCUCUCUCUCUCUCUCUCUCUCUCUCUCUCUCUCUCUCUCUCUCUCUCUCUCUCUCUCUCUCUCUCUCUCUCUCUCUCUCUCUCUCUCUCUCUCCCCCUCUUUCUCCCUCUCUCUCUCUCUGCCUCUCUCCCACUCUCUCUCUCUCUCUCUCUGUCUCUCUCCCACUCUCUCUCUCUCUCUCUCUGUCUCUCCCACUCCGUCUCUCCCUCUUUCUGUCUCUCUCUUCCCCCCUCUCUGUCUGUCUCUGAGUCUCUCUCUCUCUUUCUUCCCCUUUCCCUCUCCCUCUAUCCGCCAAAUGAUUGUAGAACUCUGUUUGAUGUCCAGACCCUCUGAGUGUACCCCCUCGCCCCUGUCAGCCUUCCUCGCUGUACUCCGACCGAACUCGGCUGCCAAAACCAGCAAACUGGAUUUCUGAACCGCCUAGGCGGCAGCCGAAGAUUCACCGGACCUUCCCUCGGCGUUGCGGAACCACAGCUUCCCAGACUCGGCGCUCCCAUGUUCUGGAAAAGCGAGAGCCUGGUACUUCUGCCAGAGGGGAACAAGGUCCUAGCCGAAGGUUUCCUGGCCGAAAAGGUAAUGUCACAGGACAGAGAGCAUCUACAAGCCGCGUCUCGCUGCGUGGAAAGCAGCGUCCCCCGCACCGUGUCUCAUUCGGAUAACGACACGCUGGGAGCGAACAUGGAGAAAGAUGAGAUUCGAUCUUCCCCCAGUCCCCCGUCUACCCCGUCGAUUUCAUCCCCGCCUUCCUCGUCGUAUUCCAUCAUCUCCGCCGACAAGAACAUCUGCGCCAGCUGUGGUUUAGAGAUCUUAGAUAAAUAUCUGCUGAAGGUGAAUAAUUUGAUAUGGCAUGUUCGCUGCCUCGCUUGUUCCGUCUGCAGGACUUCCCUGCGCAGGCACGCCAGCUGUUACAUUAAAAACAAAGAAAUCUUUUGCAAAGUGGAUUAUUUCAG